AAUCCACCGAAUUUCCUAGUCCAAACAGAAUUGUCCCAUCACCAGAAAUUUCGUGCCAUCAGCAUAGAGAAUGAUACAUCUGAUUUGGCUCCUCCCACCAGCACUAAUAAUUCUAGAUUAUCACCCUCGUUCAACGAGUCUGAAUUCGAUUAUGGUGCGAUUAGCCAAAGUACUGGGCCUUGUUCCUCAACUCCAAAUGACUUUACGCUUCCUGGAAAGUACGAUCAAGACACCAGCCAGGAUCCCUUUGCCCUUAUUCCUGCACUCGAACCCACUAUCUCAGCCUCAACUUCUUUGAACAUGCUAGCUCCUCUUAACGAUCCUUUCUCUCAGCUAACCUCUUCCCAGACUUUGGAUUUAUGCACGAGCAAUUAA